AACUUCCCUUCACAGUUGGGUUCAUGUGCUCAGUCAUUGCCCUCAGCAGUCAUUCAUUCUCCCAGCCCGUUGUAGUAGGUUGAAAUCAUCCGUCUGCAGCCAUGGCGAACAGCUCACACCUGGUUCUGGAGAACUUCAUCGGAGGGAAGUUCGUCCCUUGUCGGAGCCACAUCGACUCCUACGACCCGUCCACCGGGGAGGUCUACUGCCGAGUGCCAGACAGCGGCAAGGAGGAGGUGGACGCAGCGGUGGCAGCAGCUAAAGAAGCAUUCGCCGGCUGGUCCGCCACCAGCAAAGAGAAGCGAGCUGAGGUCCUCAACAAACUGGCCGACCUGAUAGACGAACACCUGGAGGAGCUGGUCCAAGCUGAGUCCAGAGACCAAGGUAAAACACAAACCUUUGCACGCACUGUGGACAUUCCCCGAUCGGCGUACAACUUCCGCUUCUUUGCGUCGUCGUUGCUCCACCACACCAACGACUGCAGCCAGAUGGACCACAUGGGCUGCCUGAACUACACCAUCCGCUGUCCUGUGGGAGUGGCUGGUCUGAUCAGCCCCUGGAAUCUGCCCCUGUACCUCCUGACCUGGAAGGUUGCACCUGCAAUCGCUAUGGGCAACACGGUGGUGGCCAAACCCAGCGAGAUGACCUCUGUGACCGCCUGGAUGAUGUGCAAGUUGAUGCAGCAGGCUGGUGUUCCUCCAGGAGUAGUCAACAUCGUAUUUGGCACUGGGCCGAAAGCAGGCGAUGCCCUCGUGGGCCAUCCUGAGGUCCCAUUGAUCUCCUUCACUGGCUCCACGGCAACAGCCCAGCGCAUCACAGAGCGGAGCGCCCCCUACUGUAAGAAGCUCUCUCUGGAGCUGGGAGGUAAAAACCCUGCCAUUAUUUUUGCUGAUGCAGACCUGGACCAGUGCAUCGGGACCACGAUUCGAUCCAGCUUCUCCAAUCAGGGAGAAAUCUGCCUGUGCACCAGCAGGAUUUAUGUGGAGAGGAGUAUUUACUCAGAGUUCCUGGAGAAGUUUGUAGCUGCAGCUAAGAAGUGGAAGACAGGUGAUCCCUCCGACCCCAGCAACCAAAACGGAGCACUCAUCAGCAAAGAGCACCUGGAGAAGGUUCGAAGCUUCGUCGCUCUCGCCAAAUCUGAAGGCGGGACCAUCCACUGUGGCGAAGGAAUUGACCAGCUGCACCUCCCUGAGCGCAACGCCAAAGGCUACUACAUGCCAGCCACCGUCAUCACAGGCGUAUCUGACAGCUCCCGCGUCAUGCAGGAGGAGAUCUUCGGCCCCGUCACCUGCAUCAGCUGCUUCGACACAGAGGACGAGGCCGUCUCCAAGGGCAACGGCGUGCGUUAUGGUCUGGGGGCCACCGUGUGGUCCCGGGACGUGGGGAAGAUUCACCGGGUGGCCAAUAAGUUACAGGCAGGUAUGGUGUGGACCAACUGCUGGCUGGUGAGAGAUCUGAACCUGCCGUUUGGAGGGAUGAAGAACUCUGGCGUGGGGAGGGAGGGAGGGAAGGAUUCGUACCACUUCUUCACCGAGGUGAAGACCAUCACAGUCAAACACUGAGGGACCAAAGAAAGAUGGCUUGUCUCUUGACAUUCAUCAACCUCAGGGAUCUCAAUGACAAUCCCUCAGCCUUCAAUGAAAUCACAUUUAUAGAAUACAAAAGCCAGAGAAAUUCACAGUGCAACAAUACAGAUAAGUAAACAAGCUGAGAUACAAUAGAAAUGUCAGGUGAGGAGGAAAUCUUUACCACUGCAAAACGCUUUAAUAAUUACACUGCUUUUUAUUAGUUCUGUGCUGAAUAUUUCCAACCAGCAUCUUCUACUUCUGAGGAGUUGAAAUGCACAGAGAAGUGCGUUUUAGGGCUUUGAAAAAAAAAAGUACAGACCAGACAAGGUGGAACCAGAUAAGGCAGAAACCUAUUUAAUGCCCAUUUCCAGAGAAGAAGUCAAAAGUACAGUUUAUGAAGUUAGGAACAGCGGCUUAAUCCAACAUCCUCUAAAAGUUUACACUGCAGGUUCGUGUCCUGCAUGACGGUUCAGGACGUAACAUUUUUUUUUAUUUUUUAAAGGUGUAUGCACACUGAUUAUCGUCUAGUGAAAAGGUUUCUGGUGAAGCAGGUAAACACAAAGAGAGCGAGCAAAGACCUGUAUGUGCCUCAAGCAAACCAAACCCAAAAAGCAAAUCAUUGGCAAAUGUAGUUUAUGACUGUUCAGGUAUUCCUUCAGCUCCUUUGUAACACGGCUGUUGUCCAAAAUUAAAGCCUUAUAUAAAUACCA